CGAUAACAGAAAGUAUCUCAAGGUUGCUGCAAAUUCUUUUGUUUUCGUUGCAAUUAUGCCUGUACUUCCCUUUAUCAGCCAAGCCAGAGAGCGCCGGAGUAGCAACCGCAAACACAGGCUAAUCGCCGCUCAAACGCAAUGCAUAAAUUGGCAGCCAAAUUAAAGCGGCAGGCACCAGUCUCGCACCAGACAGACCCGCUCCAAGUUCGACGCCUGCCCGGCACUGUCAAGCACCCGCAGAAUAUAUACAGAUAUAGAUACGCCUCUAUUUGAGCAGUAAUAAGCAUUUAAUAGGCAGCUGUUUGCAGUAACGACCGAUUCGGAGCUAAAAGAUGAGAUUGGUUAUAUUGGAAACGAGCCAAUCGGUUGGCAAGUGGGCAGCCAAGUAUGUGAUGAAGCGCAUCAAUGACUUCCAGCCGGGUCCGAACAGAUACUUUGUACUGGGCCUGCCUACUGGCUCUACCCCGCUGGGAAUGUACAAGGAGCUCAUUGAAUUCCACAAGCAGGGAAAGGUCUCCUUUCAGUAUGUAAAGACCUUCAACAUGGAUGAGUACGUGGGUCUCCCCAGAGAUCACCAGGAGAGCUAUCACUUCUUUAUGUGGCACAACUUCUUCAAGCACAUUGAUAUAGAACCACAAAAUGUCCAUAUAUUGAAUGGAAAUGCUCCCGAUCUGGUGGCCGAGUGCAACAAGUUCGAAGAGCAGAUCAAGGAGGCCGGCGGCGUGGAGCUGUUUAUUGGCGGCAUUGGUCCUGAUGGUCACAUCGCCUUCAAUGAGCCGGGAUCGUCGCUGGUCUCACGUACGCGUGUGAAGACCCUGGCGCAGGAUACGCUGGAAGCGAAUGCCCGGUUCUUCGACAACGACAUGAGCAAGGUGCCCAAGCAGGCUCUCACAGUUGGCGUUGGCACUGUGAUGGACUCUAAGGAGGUGAUGAUUCUCAUUACGGGCGCCCACAAAGCCUUUGCCCUGUACAAGGCCAUCGAGGAGGGCGUCAACCAUAUGUGGACGGUCAGCGCCUUCCAGCAGCAUGCCAACACACUGAUGAUCUGCGACGAGGAUGCCACGCUGGAGCUGCGUGUCAAGACUGUGAAGUACUUCAAGGGCAUUCUUCGAGAUAUAGACGAAGGCGCCGCCAUACAGGAUGGUUACAAAAACUGAGAUAUAAAGCCUGAUGGAUGUGCAUUCCAAGUUAAUAGAGCAACAGAAGACGACGUAACCUUCGAACCUUCAUUCCUUUUAGGAGGAACUAUAUGUGGACAGGAUCUACAAAGAAGAUCAACAUUUUAUCAACUUGCUUAGACAUUUAAGAUGAAAGUAAAAUCUGUAGAAGUUUAACUGCCGUGUAAAUUGUCCAGAAAUCUGUAAUCUGUUUUUUUUUAUGUAUUCCUAAUUAUUUUUAAAAUUUUUUAACAAAUCAUG